AUGAAUGUUUUCAGGAUAGGAUGCAGAUUCUUGUCCAGUACAAGACCAGUGUGGAAUGCUGAAAUUCCAGGAUUCAACGGAGCAGUAGGUGGGAUGUCAUACCUCAAGAGAUUUGGAUCUAAAAAGGAAAUCCCUCCAAACUCUCCAAAGACUAUUGUAAAACGUAUCAGAAGAAAAGAAAGCAGAUUAAAGAAGCAAAUUGUCAGAGAUGUCAACAAUCUCAAACAACACGAAGUUAAAAACGUCCAAUUGUCAGUCGAUCCAGUUUUAGGUGAUCCAAAGUGUGCCUUUAUCCAAAGAAUUUUCGAUGAAGUCGCUGACCACGAAAAUCACUUGGCUUACGGUGUUGAUAAAGUUGAAUUUGAGAAGUUGAUGUAUGGGGUUGAAAAGGCAAAUUUGGAAAAACUCGCCGGUACCAACGUUAUCUCCUCCGAACAAGCUCGUGCCAUGGAAGAAAAGAAAAAGAGGGCUUUAUUAACCAUUCUUAACUUGAGAAACUCGAAUUCGUUCGACAAGAGAAAAUUGGCUAUCAGAUUAGCCCGUGAAGAGUUCCAAAGAUUUGAUGGUGAUACUGGAUCCCCAGAAGUUCAGGCUGCUGUCUUGACCGUUAAGAUUCAUUUUGCUAUGAAGCAUGUUAAGGAAAACAGAAAAGAUUUUGAAUAUAUUCAACAAACCAGAGAAAUGGUACAAUACAGACAACGUCUUUUGAAAUAUUUAAAAAAGGACAACCCAGAACGUUACUUUUAUACCAUUCAUAAGUUAGGUUUGGCUGAUGAUGUGGUACACUGUGAAUUCAAUAUGGGUAGACAAUACUUUCAAGAUUAUAAAGUGUGGGGUGAUAGACAAUUGGUUAAACUUUCUGAAAAACAACAGAAGAAGAUUCAAAAGGUUCACGAUCUUAAGAGAAGAGUUGAAGAAUAUCAAACUAUUGCUAAGAAGAAUUACGAACUUGCAAAACAAGCUACCACCAAAGGUUCAAAUUAG